AAGGCAGAAGGCCAAAAAGUGAGGCCACAGUCUGGCGCAGAACCUCCCAGAGAGUUAGAAAGAGAGAGUAAUAGAAUUAGUGUAAUUACGGGUGGACAUGGAGUUCAGAAUAAAGUCAAUAUGUGGAAGUUUACUGCUGCUGCUGCUGCUGAUGGGAACUGAGAUACUCUGGGUGGCUGGUGCAACAUCUCAGAACCGCUGUGAUAAGAACAUACAGGUGGUGACUAAAUCCGAGUGUCAUUCCUGUUCCUUGACGUCUUUAAUGAAGUGUCCCAAUGGCUACACCAAGAAGCCACCUGGAAAGAGCACAAGGGACUGCAGAUUUGUUGUUGCAGCCGCUUUGAGUGUCUCGGGCUGUUCAUUUGAGUGCUAUAAAGACACGGUGGAGCCUCAGUGUUGUCCAGGUUACUGGGGCAAUGACUGCACUGAGUGUCCCGGAUCAGCGAUGAAACCCUGCAGUAAUAAUGGCGUCUGCUCUGAUGGUAUAGGUGGCAAUGGAACUUGCACAUGUUCGCCAGGUUUUGUGGGAACUGCUUGUGAGGAAUGUGGAGAGAACUUAUAUGGACCAACAUGCAAUAAUGUGUGUCACUGCAAGCAUGGCAUAUGUGACAGCGGACUGAAGGGCACAGGCCAAUGCACAUGUCUGUCUGGGUACACUGGUGUAGACUGCAACCAGGAGCUCCCAGCCUGUGCUUCUUUGCAAUGUGGCCCGGACGCUCGUUGUAUUGAGGAAAUCUCAACUGGGAAACUUGUGUGCAAGUGCAAACCUGGUUAUCAAGGUGAUGGAGUCCAGUGUACAUCAAUUAACCCCUGCAGGAGAGGUGUGUGCCAUCAAGUUGCAGUUUGUGCACAUACAGGACCAAACCAGUAUGUCUGCACAUGUGCAGAAGGCUACAGUGGUGACGGGCAUGUUUGCAUGCCCAUUGACCCAUGCCAGACUAACCUGGGCAACUGCACUUCUGGCUCCACACGCUGUGUGUAUGAUGGUCCUGGAAAGGCUCACUGUGAAUGUUUGGAGGGAUUUGAGAAGUUUGUUGAAGGAAAUGGCUGCAGUCUGAAAGAUGUGUGCAAACCAGACUCCUGCCAUAAAUAUGCCACCUGUGCCACAGUAGAACCAGGAACUGCAGAAUGUAAGUGCCGUGAAGGUUUCCUGGGCAAUGGAAAGAUAUGCUUUGGGAACAUAAUUCAGCAGUUGCAGGACCUGAAUUCAAAGCCAGGAGGGGAGUGGACGGGUCAGCUCUCCAGUGCCAUUACACUAUUUGAUAAAGUCAUGUCGUGGCCCCUGACCUCCCUCGGACCGUUUACUGUGUUUGUGCCAGUGAACAAGGCUUUUAAAGGCACAACUGUGAAAACCAUACUGGCAAAUGAGAUGAAAGCUCGCUAUCUUGCUAAGCUCCACAUGGUUGCAGGAGAGCUGAACAUGGACUCUUUGAAGAAGGGAAUCCUCUACUACACUCUGACGGGCAUGUCUGCAGAAUCAAUGACAGAUGCACAGCAGGUGAAAAUACGUCUGUAUGGCAGCCGUAAGAAAGCAGCGGUUGUGGAGUCGGACAUAUUGGCCUCAAAUGGAAUUAUUCAUUUGGUUGAUAAGUUGAUGGAGGCAGUCCCCUCCACUGUGAUAAGCGAGAAUGAGGAAAAUUUGUUGCAGAUUCUCUCAGAAAAUGGAAAGUUCUCUCAGUUUAAGACUCUGCUGGAGAAAAGCAAUAUGGCAACUGUUUUGGAAGGAGCGGGACCUUACACACUGUUUGCUCCAACUAAUAUAGCCUUUUCCUUUCUGAAGCCUGGCUAUCUAGACUUCAUUACCUCUGAGGAGGGUAAGACAAAACUGCUGGAACUCAUGCGCAAUCACAUAGUGUCCUCUGCCCAGCUGAGUGCCAGCUUCAUUGUGUCAAACCCUCGUGCUGUUAGCAUGGCCGAACAGGUCCUGACAUUUAAUGUGACGGCUGCUGGGCAGAUCCUGGUCAAUGGUGAACCUGUGCUGGAAUUGGAUGUUGAGGCAAAGAAUGGCCGUCUCCAUUCACUUGAAGGGCUUCUGAUCCCUGCUUCCAUAGAGCCCAUCAUACCUCACAGGUGUGACACUAAAGAAACCAAUAUUUAUAAGGGUCCAUGUGUUAGCUGCACACUGGCCUCCAGGUCUACCUGUCCAACUGGUGAAUCUCUGAAUAUAUUCUCAAGAGGCUGUGUGUUCAAGAAAACAACUUUAGGCUUGACUAUACCGACACUUGGCUGUGCUCUCUUCUGCAAUGAGACAAAAACUACCCCUCGCUGCUGUAAAGGUUUCUUCGGACCAGACUGUUCCCCAUGCCCGGGUGGUUUUACUGCCCCCUGCUCCUCUCAUGGCAAGUGUUCUGAGGGUAUAGAUGGAAAUGGCACCUGUCAGUGUGACCCCAAUUUCAAAGGAUCACGCUGCCAGUACUGCGCCAAUCCUAACAAAUAUGGCCCGUCCUGUGACAAAACCUGUGGAUGCUUACAUGGUGUGUGUGACAAUCGUCCAGAGUCCGGUGGUAAAUGUAAGCAGAGCUCCUGUAAAGAAGGUUAUACUGGAGAGUUCUGUGAACAGCAAACUCAAGAGUGCGGACCCAACCAGCCCUGCCACGCCCAUGCGGACUGUGUGUUCAGUAAGGGAGAUUUCAUGUGUGUUUGUAAGCCUGGUUUCCAAGGGGAUGGAUACAUGUGCAUGGAGAGUGAUCCUUGUGCUUUACCACAUCGUGGAGGCUGCAGUGUCAAUGCCAAAUGCAUAAAGACAGGUCCGGGCACACACACAUGCCAGUGUCUUAGUGGAUGGAGAGAAGAUGGGGAUGAGUGUCAGGCCAUCAAUAACUGUCUGGAUCCAUCCAGAGGAGGGUGUCACCCCAAUGCCUCCUGUAUCUAUGUAGGGCCAGGACAGAGUGACUGUGCCUGCAAAAGUGGUUACCAUGGCAGUGGGAGGGAGUGUGAACCGAUCAAUCAGUGUGUAGAACAAAAGGGUGGAUGUCAUUACCUGGCCACCUGCCAGUACCUGAUGCCAGGUGGAUGGCAGUGUGUGUGUGAGGACGGCUAUGCUGGUGACGGAAAAAUCUGUUAUGGAACUCUAGCACAGGAGGUGGCAGCAAAUCCUGACCUUCUAGAAUUCAGCAAAUGGGUUACUGUAGCGGAUCUUUCUCAGUUGCUGUCAGAGGCAGAAAAUUUCACACUUUUUGUGCCAUCUGUUCAAGCAAUAGAAAAAAUUAGUAAAGAGGACAAAGACUUUUGGGUGUCCCGCAGUAACCUUCCGAGUCUUAUCAAAAGUCACAUUGUUUCUGGGAUUUUUGGUCUGGAUGAUCUUCGUACCUCCCCUUCCCCACGACUGGUUUCCCUUUUAAAAAGGACACUUCCUGUUUACACUACCAAUGAUACAACCAUUGUCGCAGGAGGAAAAGUGAUAUAUGGAGAUAUGGCCGCAAAGAAUGGAGUUAUCCAUCUAAUUGACACAGUGCUGAUCGCUGAGCGACAGAUGAGUGAGGGUUUACUGGAGGUGCUCAGUCUGAGGUCAGACCUCUCUCUCUUCCGCAGCUCUCUAAUGAAACACAACCUGACUGAUGAAAUGGAGGAGUCCUCUGGUUUUACUGUGUUCGCCCCAACAGACAGUGCAGUCCAAGAAUACCUCAAAAGAAUGGGCAAAGACUCACUGGAUUUGAAUGUGACCCAGUAUCACAUUAUUUUGAAUGAGGCUCUAAAAGAUGGAGACUUAGUGGAUGGACUUUAUAAAGAUACUAUGUUUGGCUUCUCUUACCAACUGGGAAUUUUCCGCCGAGAUAACAAGUUGUUUGUAAAUGAGGCUGAGGUGAACACGACAGACAUAGAGACCAGUAAAGGGGUGAUCCACACUGUGUCUGCUGUUCUGACUAUCCCCAGCAACCGCUGUGAUAGAGUCUCCACCAACAUAUUUUGGGGACGCUGUGUGGACUGUUUCCACCCAACUGAGAACUCUUGUCCAUCAGGAACAAGAAAACAGAUGAAUCCAAAGAAAAGAUGCAUAUACAGUCGAGUAUAUCUUGGCGAGACAUUGCUGACUAUUGGAUGUAAAGUCGCUUGUGAGGAAGUCACCAUUAAAAGAAAGUGUUGUGCAGGAUAUUAUGGCAUUAACUGUGAGAGGUGCCCAGGGCCAGAGGGUAAACCCUGUUUUGGUUACGGUGUCUGUCGAGAUGGGAUCAAUGGCACAGGGGUGUGUAAAUGCAACCAGGGUUUUAAUGGCACUGCCUGUGAGAAUUGCCAAGCUGGCAAGUAUGGAACUCACUGUGACCAAGAGUGUAAGUGUGUCAACGGACGCUGUAAAGACGGUGUGGAUGGAGAUGGCAGCUGUGAGUGUGAUCUGGGCUGGAGAGGAAUAAACUGCAACAUUGCUAUUACAUCAGACAUGUGUGGAGGAAAGUGCCACAGCAGUGCAAAUUGCCUUGUGAACGUAGUGGACAAUACAUAUUACUGUAGUUGUGCAGCGGGAUUUCAGGGUAACGGCACAUAUUGCACAGCUGUAGACGCAUGUGCAGAGAAUAACGGUGGCUGCUCUGUCCAUGCGGUGUGUAAGCGAACUCUCCCAGGACGCAGAAUAUGUGCGUGCAAAACGGGUUAUGGAGGCGAUGGACAAGUAUGCAUUUCUAUCAACCCAUGUCUGGAUGGUAAUAAAGGGGGAUGCCACGCAGAUGCUGUCUGCAUACAUACAGGUCCUAAUAAGACAGUGUGUAUUUGCAAAAAAGGCUUUUCAGGAAAUGGAAGUCAGUGUGAAGCCAUUGAUAUGUGUCUCGAGAAAAAUGGAGGAUGUGACAGGCAUGCCAGGUGUACCAUGACUGGACCACUGGAGAGGAACUGCACUUGUCCGGAGGGCUUUAUUGGAGAUGGGGAGACUUGCAAAGGCACCUUGCAGAAAGAGUUUUUAUACAGAAAGUUGAGGGAUUUUUAUCUUGGACUGAUGUUUGCAGAUGUAAAUGAACUUAGAGGUCGUGGCCCCUUCACUGUCUUCGCACCUAAUGCAGAUGCCUAUAAAAAAUUGGAGGCAAAGGAUAUGGUAAAGCAGGGUGGUAAUCAAAACAUCAAGGCCAAAAUCCUGAGGUACCACAUAGUGGCCUGCCGUACUCUCCUCCCGGAAGACCUUAUGCAACCUCGUAACCUCACCUCACUUACCGGUGAAGUCCUCAGCAUUACAUACUCUGAGGAUACUAUAUACAUCAAUAACAAAGCCAAAGUGGUGUUCAGCGAUCUGGAAAGUAGCAAUGGAAUUUUCCAUGAGAUUGACACUGUCCUAAUCCCUCCCAGUCUUCAGAACCAGAAAUUCAGGGAAAAAGACACCACCCCUCGAAACCUCUCAGAUGUGAUUAAUGUCCAUGGCUUCAAGACAUUGUACAAAAUGCUGGAGAUCACAGAUAUGUUGAAGUUGGUGAUGGACCCCAUCCACCAGCCCGUCACCCUGUUCCUGCCCACGGACAGUGCAAUGGAUGCUUUGGCCCAGGAACAGAAAAACUUCCUAUAUGCUCCACAUAACCGUGAGCAGCUGACUGAGUACAUUAAAUACCACAUCCUGCGUGACACAAAGAUCAUGGCUGCGGAGCUCAUCCACGUCAGCUCUUUAAAAACUCUACAAGGCUCAGAUCUGUCAGUAGCCUGCAUGGGGGAAGAGCAAAUAGGAGAGCUUUAUGUGAAUGAUAAAAGCUGCCAGAUUGUAAAGAGAAACAUUGAUUUCAAUGGAGGCAUGAUUUAUGGUAUUAACUGUCUGCUGAGUCCUCCGAGCCUUGGUGGGCGUUGCGACUAUCAGGACACCAUUGAUAUCACAUUGUCUUGCAGGCAGUGUGGUCGCACUUUAUCUGAUUGCCCGCCUGGAAGCAAACCAAAGGCCAAACAAAAGUGUGACCUGCCUCAUCUAUUGGUCGCUAAGAACACCGGUUGCCAAUCGAUAUGUGCCAUGGUCAUAUGGAAGCCCAAGUGCUGUGCAGGGUACUAUGGCAGGGAUUGUCUUGCAUGUCCUGGUGGUCCUGGAUCCCCUUGCAGUAACCAUGGCAAGUGUGAUGAGGAUCAUUUAGGCAAUGGCACCUGCACGUGUGAUAUUGGAUUUACAGGUGUAGCAUGUGAGCUGUGUGUGGAUGGCCAUUUUGGACCAGACUGCAUAGUCUGUAAUUGCACAGAACACGGGUCAUGUGAUGAGGGUCUGAAAGGUACUGGUUCCUGUUUUUGUGAAGAGGGCUGGACAGGUCCCCGAUGUGAGAACAAAUUAGCUGAUGGUCCAGUUUGCAAUCCGGCUUGCCAUGAGAAGGGCGUCUGCAUGGAGAACAAUACCUGUGUCUGUAAACCCUUCUAUGAAGGUGAUGGGAUCACCUGUACAGCGGCCAACAUGUGCAAGCAUUGGAACGGCGGCUGUUCUAAGCAUGCUAAGUGCAGUCAAAAAGGGGAGAAGGUGAGCUGCUCGUGCCUGAAAGGUUACACUGGCGAUGGGUAUGUGUGUACACCGGUCGACCCCUGUGCAGACAGCAACAACGGAGGAUGCCAUGAGCAUGCUACCUGCACCAUGACAGGAUCUGACAAGAGGAAAUGUGAGUGUAAGGACAACUAUGUUGGUGAUGGGAUUGAUUGUGAAGUCAAGCAGUUGCCAGUCAAUCGUUGUCUACAAGAUAAUGGACAGUGCCAUUCAGAUGCUCAGUGCACUGACCUGCACUAUGAGGAUAAAACACUGGGAGUUUUCAACUUUCGCUCCUCAAUGGGAGUGUAUAAACUCAACUACACCAUGGCACAGGAGGCAUGCAAGGAGGCAGGAGGCAGUAUCGCUACUUACACACAGCUUUCCUAUGCCCAGCAGGCAGGUUAUAACUUUUGUGCCGCAGGUUGGCUUGACAAAGCAAGGGUAGCGUAUCCCAUGAGCUUCUCCAACCCUAAAUGUGGCUUUGGACACGUUGGUAUUGUGGACUAUGGUGUACGCAAUAACCUGAGCGAGACGUGGGACACAUUCUGCUAUCGAUUGAAGGAUGUGAAGUGUGAGUGUAAGACUGGCUACAUCGGUGAUGGAUACUCCUGUACAGGAAACCUGCUGCAGGUCCUCUCAACCAGACCAACCUUCUCCAAUUUCCUCUCUCAAAUCCUGAAUUAUUCAAGUUUUUCUGCAUCAGGGAAAGAGUUUGUGAAUCGCAUAAGCAACGUUACUAUCCAGUCCACUCUGUUUGUACCUGACAACAAUGGUCUCUAUAGCAACCAGACUUUGAGUAGCAGAGACAUAGAGCACCAUCUACUGGAUGGGAGGGCUUUGGUACUGCAGGCACUUAUUAAUAUUACUCAUGUCAGAACACGACUGGGGCAAAGCCUGACCAUCACCAGCGUGCCUGAUCUCCAAAACCCUCAAACAGUGACUUCCUCUGGAUACAUCAACGACCGCUAUGUCAUUGAUUAUGACAUUUUUGCCUCCAAUGGGGUCAUCCAUGUUCUGCAAAGCCCACUGAAAGCUCCACCGCCUCCACCUCCAUCCAUCCACCCAGCUCAUAAGGCCGGGAUGGGCAUCGGUGUCUUAGGACUCAUCAUUCUUAUUGCAGUGGCUGGAUUUGUGGGAUACAAUUUCUACACACAUAAAACAAAGCCGUUCCAGUUCCACUACUUUAAGGAUGAUGGAGAAGAUGUUAACCCAUCAGAAUCCAGUCCAAACAUCAGUAAUCCUGUGUAUGAGUCUACACCCACCCCUAAAGAGCAAGCUCCAAUGGAGGAAGACAAACAUGAAGUGAUUUCAAGUGGUUCCUAUGACCUCCUCCAGAACAGCUGAGAUUAUCACAUCAAGCGUCGUCUAAUGAUGCAGUUCCCUUUGAGACCACAAGAGGGCACCAUAACUUCUAUUUCACAGUGAUGGGACAGUGAAAUACCAACGCUAGUCUGAGAAAUCAGUUGAGGUUGUGGAUGUAUGCAUACUUUUGGUAGAGAGAGUGUUUGUGUGUGUACAUGUUUGUAAGUGACCUGGUCAUCUGUAAUCUCUAAAUUCUGUUGUACUACAGGCUUUAAUAAAUGUACAAUGUUA